CAGGUGGCUAAACCCCUUGUUUAAAAUUGGUCAUAAACGGAGAUUAGAAGAAGAUGAUAUGUAUUCAGUGCUUCCAGAAGACCGCUCCAAGUACCUGGGAGAAGAGCUGCAAGGGUACUGGGAUAGAGAAGUCCUGAAAGCUGAGAAGGAUGCACAGAAGCCUUCUUUAACAAAAGCAAUCAUAAAGUGUUACUGGAAAUCCUAUUUAGUUUUGGGCAUUUUUACCCUAAUUGAGGAAGGCACCAAAGUAAUUCAGCCCAUAUUUUUGGGAAAAAUCAUUAAUUAUUUUGAAAGUUAUGGUUCCACCAACUCUGUGCCUUUGCACACAGCUUACGCCUACGCUACAGUGCUGACGGUCUGCACUCUCUUCUUGGCCAUCCUGCACCACUUAUAUUUUUAUCAUGUUCAGUGUGCCGGGAUGAGGUUAAGAGUAGCCAUGUGCCAUAUGAUUUAUCAAAAGGCACUUCGUCUUAGUAACUCGGCCAUGGGGAAGACAACCACGGGCCAGAUAGUCAAUCUAUUGUCCAACGAUGUGAACAAGUUUGAUCAGGUAACAAUCUUUUUACACUUCCUAUGGGCAGGACCACUGCAAGCUAUUGCGGUGACUGCCCUGCUCUGGAUGGAAAUAGGAAUAUCAUGUCUCGCCGGGAUGGCCGUUCUACUUGUUCUUCUGCCUUUGCAAAGCUGUAUCGGGAAGUUGUUUUCCUCACUGCGGAGUAAGACUGCAACUUUCACUGACAUCAGGAUCAGGACCAUGAAUGAAGUCGUCACUGGCAUAAGAAUAAUAAAGAUGUAUGCCUGGGAAAAGUCUUUUGCAGACCUGAUUACCAGUCUGAGGAGGAAGGAAAUUUCCAAGAUUCUGAGGAGUUCCUACCUCAGAGGGAUGAAUUUGGCAUCAUUUUUCGUGGCAAGCAAAAUCAUCGUGUUUGUGACCUUCACGACCUAUGUGCUCCUUGGCAACGUGAUCACAGCCAGCCGUGUGUUUGUGGCAGUGACGCUGUAUGGGGCUGUGCGGUUGACGGUCACCCUGUUCUUCCCCUCGGCCAUUGAGAGGGUGUCAGAGUCAGUCGUCAGCAUUAGAAGAAUCAAGAACUUCCUGUUACUUGAUGAGAUACCCCAGCAUAACCCUCAGCUGCCAUCGGAUGGGAAAAUGAUCGUAAAUGUGCAAGAUUUCACUGGUUUUUGGGAUAAGGCAUCAGAAACCCCAACCCUGCAAGGCCUUUCCUUCACUGUCAGACCCGGUGAAUUGUUAGCUGUGAUCGGACCUGUGGGCGCAGGAAAGUCAUCGCUGUUAAGUGCUGUGCUCAGGGAACUGCCCCCGAGUCAGGGGCUGGUCACCGUGCACGGAAGAAUGGCCUAUGUUUCUCAGCAGCCCUGGGUGUUUUCAGGAACUGUGAGGAGUAAUAUUUUAUUUGGCAAGAAAUAUGAAAAGGAACGAUAUGAAAAAGUAAUAAAGGCAUGCGCUUUGAAAAAGGAUUUACAGCUUUUGGAGGAUGGGGAUCUGACUGUAAUAGGGGAUCGGGGAGCCACACUGAGUGGAGGGCAGAAAGCACGGGUGAACCUUGCCAGAGCAGUGUACCAGGACGCCGACAUCUACCUCUUGGAUGAUCCUCUCAGCGCAGUCGACGCAGAAGUUAGCAGGCACUUGUUCGAACUGUGUAUUUGCCAAACCUUGCACGACAAGAUCACAAUCUUAGUGACUCAUCAGUUGCAGUAUCUGAAAGCUGCAAGUCAAAUUCUGAUACUAAAAGACGGUGAGAUGGUGCAGAAGGGCACUUACACUGAAUUUCUGAAAUCUGGGGUAGAUUUUGGUUCCCUUUUAAAGAAGGAAAAUGAGGAAUCUGAACAACCUACGGUUCCAGGAACCCCCACGCUGAGGAAUCGUACAUUCUCGGAGUCUUCAGUUUGGUCUCAACAGUCUUCUAGACCCUCCUUGAAAGAUGGUGCCCCGGAUGGUCAGGAAACUGAGAAUGUACAGGUGACACAAUCAGAGGAGAGCCGUUCUGAAGGAAAAGUUGGUUUUAAGGCCUACAGGAAUUACUUUACAGCUGGUGCUCAUUGGUUCGUCAUCAUUUUCCUAAUUCUGCUAAACACUGCAGCUCAGGUUGCCUAUGUUCUUCAGGAUUGGUGGCUUUCGUACUGGGCAAAUGAACAAAGUGCUCUGAAUGUCACUGUAAAUGGGAAAGGAAAUGCAACCGAGAAGCUAGAUCUUAGCUGGUAUUUAGGAAUUUAUUCAGGUUUAACCGUAGCUACGGUCCUUUUCGGCAUAGCCAGAUCCCUGUUGGUGUUCUACGUCCUUGUUAAUUCUUCGCAAACUUUGCACAACAAAAUGUUUGAGUCAAUUCUGAAAGCUCCGGUAUUGUUCUUUGAUAGAAACCCGAUAGGAAGAAUUUUAAAUCGUUUCUCCAAAGACAUUGGACAUAUGGAUGAUUUGCUGCCCCUGACGUUUCUAGAUUUCAUCCAGACAUUCCUGCAAGUGGUUGGUGUGGUUGCUGUGGCGGCAGCGGUCAUCCCUUGGAUCAUAAUACCCUUGGUCCCACUGGGCAUCAUGUUCUUUGUUCUUCGGCGGUAUUUCCUAGAGACAUCGAGAGACGUCAAACGCCUGGAAUCUACAACGCGAAGUCCAGUAUUUUCCCACCUAUCAUCUUCGCUCCAGGGACUUUGGACCAUCCGAGCUUACAAAGCUGAGGAGAGGUUUCAGGAACUGUUUGAUGCCCACCAGGAUUUACAUUCAGAGGCUUGGUUCUUGUUUUUGACAACGUCCCGAUGGUUCGCCGUGCGUCUGGAUGCCAUCUGUGCUAUCUUUGUCAUCGUUGUUGCCUUUGGGUCCCUGAUUCUGGCAAAAACUUUGGACGCCGGACAGGUGGGCUUGGCGUUAUCCUACGCACUGACGCUCAUGGGCAUGUUCCAGUGGUCCGUUAGACAGAGCGCCGAAGUCGAGAAUAUGAUGAUUUCAGUCGAAAGGGUGAUUGAAUAUACAAACCUGGAAAAAGAAGCACCUUGGGAAUACCAGAAACGCCCGCCGCCAGCCUGGCCCCAGGAAGGCGUGAUCGUCUUUGAUAAUGUGAACUUCAUGUACAGUUUAGAUGGUCCUCUGGUACUGAAACACCUGACAGCACUCAUUAAGUCAAGAGAAAAGGUUGGCAUUGUGGGAAGGACAGGAGCUGGAAAGAGUUCCCUCAUUGCAGCCCUUUUUAGAUUGUCAGAACCCCAAGGUAAAAUUUGGAUUGAUAAGAUCUUGACAACUGAAAUUGGACUUCAUGAUUUAAGGAAGAAAAUGUCAAUCAUUCCUCAGGAACCUGUUUUAUUCACUGGAACAAUGAGGAAAAACCUGGAUCCCUUUAAUGAACACACUGAUGAGGAACUGUGGAAUGCUCUGAAAGAGGUACAGCUUAAAGAAGCCAUUGAAGAUCUUCCUGGUAAAAUGGAUACUGAAUUAGCAGAAUCAGGAUCCAAUUUUAGUGUUGGACAGAGACAGUUGGUGUGCCUUGCCAGAGCAAUUCUCAGGAAAAAUCGGAUUUUGAUUAUUGAUGAAGCAACUGCAAAUGUGGAUCCAAGAACUGAUGAGUUAAUACAAAAAAAAAUCCGGGAGAAAUUUGCCCAGUGCACCGUGUUGACCAUCGCGCACAGAUUAAACACCAUCAUCGACAGUGACAAGAUCAUGGUUUUGGAUUCGGGAAGACUGAAGGAAUAUGAUGAGCCAUAUGUUUUGCUUCAGAAUAAAGAGAGUCUAUUUUACAAGAUGGUGCAACAGCUGGGCAAGGCAGAAGCUGCUGCCCUCACUGAAACAGCAAAACAGGUAUACUUCAAAAGAAAUUAUCCAGAUAUUUCUAACACUGGCCAUGUGGUUACGAACACUUCUAAUGGACAGCCCUCAACCUUAACGAUUUUUGAGACUGCAUUGUGAUUCUACGAAGACAUCACGUCUCUUUCGGAGGCAUUUUCCAAUCAUUUUUGCACAGUGUGAAUUAUGUUGUACUUUUUUUCUUUUUUUUACUCAAGCAGGAAAUAGUUACACAUACAACAUGUUAGUUUAUUUGGAUUUUUCUCCCAACUUUAUGCAAUGAUUUAUGCUAUUAGCAAAACAGUUUAUUAUUUUUAUUUAAAUGUUAUGUUUUUUUAAAGAAAAUAAUUCAAAUUAGAGGUGCAGGCCAUCAAUAAAAGCCGUCUACCAAGGUUUUGUGCCUUAAGAGACUCCAGAGCAGAAGUUCAUUCUAUGAGGAAUAUGACACAGUUGUCACAGGUUGGUUUGUUUACUGCUCCCAGAAUUACAUAUUAAUUUCCAAUUAUAUCAGGGAUUCUGUUUACUUGAAGACUGUGUGAAGUUGCCAUUAUUGUAUUGUCUGUUCUAAAAGAGAAGGAAGAGAAAAUAAUGUGUUCUCCAAAUGGGAUCUUAGUAGGUGAUUUGAUAGAAGGGACACAUGUGUGGUCAGCCAUCCUCUUCAGAUCUGUACGACUCUGGUGUGUUAACUGUGUCUCAGCUUUGGUGAUUCUUUUCAAACUUCUCACCGUAGUUCCUGAAAUAUGUAGUAUUGUUCUUAUUUGGAUUUCUGGCUUAUGGCUAUUGACCGUAAGCCAUUUGGUUUGGCCUUUAUUGAAAUCCUUUGUAAAUUGCAGGCCUAGGCUCUCCUGACUUGGUGAGAUUCAUUGCAAACGUUGACUCCAAUUGUGCACCCAGGAGGUGCACUUUCAUGAGCCUAUCCAGGUUAUUUGACUUCUGAGCACUGAGAGCAGUUUCUUUCUGAUUAGUGAAUCAACAAACCACAAUAUCACCCAGGACCUAUAGUACUUUAUUUGAACUAUGGGCCUUUAGCUUUUCUUAAUGAUGGUGACUACGGUCUAUUCAAGUUCAUAUUCCUAAAGGUUUUACUGUAGUGGUUGGAAGUGAACUCAUGACCUCUCUGAACAAAGUCUAACCACCCUCAAAUUGCAGAUGUUAAUAUAUAUGUGUGUACAUAUAUAGGUGGAUUCGUAUAUGCCUUCGUACGCAGGCUUUUGGACUCAACUGAGAGACACAGACAUUUUAGAGAAGAAAGCCUUAAAAAGCACACGCACAAAGCACACACACAGCCAACUACCAAAAUACGUUGAAUGUAGUCACUGUUCAGCUUUUUGUAUUUCAAUACGAGGUUAAUGUUUGGUCCAGUAAACCGUAUGCGGUAAAUCGUGUAUUAAUAGUCGUGGUUAGUAUUUCAGGAAUCUGAAAUGGCUACAGUGGUAAGCAUGAGUUUUGUUAAAACGUUAGAAGUAUUUGAAAUAUGUAUAUGUUUAUUUGUUCUUUAGGAGCAAAAGGCAGUCAUACAAACUUAUAUUUCUAUUUCACUUCUGUUUUAAUAUUAUAGAAUUUUUAAAAUGAAACUCAAUUCAACUGAAAUAAAUGACCAUUUUCAUCUCCA